GAGGUAGUUAGAUAAAAUAGAAAAUCUAAGCAGUGUCUAACAAGUUUUAAAUUGUAAAGUUUGGAUGUAUUAAAUUGAAUUGUAAUUUUACAACAACUAAGGAGUUCCAUUCAGCAUCUUAGUUGCUGGUUUUUUCUUUUGACUGCAAGAAGUGUGUUUUGGUUUAUGGUAUUUGUACAGGACAGGUAUGUAGCACAAUUGGAUUUGGCCAUAUUUUGCUUUCUCAUUUUAUGAACAUUUAAACUAAUUUACAAUUUUAUGCAGAAAAUUUCAAGUGACAAGGAUCUAGGUUGUUGGGAUGUAUUUCUGAAGACCCAUCGAUAUAAAAAAGAUCCCACAAAGUUUGUCUCCCCAGUAGCAGAACAAAUUGCAGCUGAUUAUGAAAGAAGUGUUACUGUACGAGACUCACAAGAGAAUGUUGAAGGUGCCAACAAAAAAUCUGAUGAUGAUAUCUACUUGGAGGUUGUUGGAGGUGUGAACACAAAGGGGAGGAUAUAUGGAUUGGGGCAACUAGCUGAAAAAUAUAAACGUUCUGCAACAACUGUUGACAUCUCACUUUCAGAGCAUGAGACCAUGAGGCAUCUUGUUUCUAAAUUAUCAGAUGAAAAUGCGAUGCUUAAGGAUCAAAUGAAGAGUUAUGAUGAGAAGUUUGAAUUCAUGCAGAGAUUCAUCAUUGAGAGAACCAGUCAAUGUCCUUCAACCUCUGCUAAUCCAUCUACCAACCAGCAGAAUCCAUAUGAUGGUGAUGAUGAUGAUAAUGAGUUUAAAGAUUAGUGUAAUGACCUUCCAUUACUACCAAACAUGUUCUGUUACUGAAGUUAUGUAUUUUGAUUUGUACUUUGGUGAUGUCUUUUAUGUUUGUGUUAUUGUACUAUGUUGUCUUUUAGAUUUGUGAUAUGAAUUGUACUGUGGUUAUGAAGACAGUGUCUAUUAUCUUAUAUAUGUUGACUUUAUGUCUUAAUAUGGAUGUGAAACUUUUAUUCGA